AGUUUUAAGCUCUCCAGUGCCGAUCUCUCGUAGACAAGAUUCGGUCUCUCUUCGCCGUCUCUCCCGUAUUUCUUUCAAUCAACGCAAUAAAAAGAAGAAGAAAGAGAGAGUGCGACAGAAGAAAUCCUUUUGAAAGGCGAUCGUCUUUGGAUCUCUAAGAAGCUAAGAUGGAAGAAGGGACACAUGCAAGCUCUACAGAAGUCGAGGUGAAGCUGCUUAGCAAGGUUGAUGCAGAGGUAGAUGAAGGUGAAAGAGAACUUCUAAUCAAUGGUAAUCCACACCUACAAAGGAGACAAGCAAACAAAGAAGAAGAAGAAGAGUCUGCAUCUGAUGGGGAAUUCAUAAAAAUAGAGAAGGAACAAAUAGAAGUAAAAGAAAGUUCCCACCCGCUCAAACCAAUAGCAGAAGUAGAAGAAACCCCGUGUCUGGAUUUGCUAGCGAUGGAGGAGAAAAUAAGAGCACUUGAGCUCCAGCUUGAAAGUGCAGCUAAAGAACUACAAUGUUCGGAAUCUGAAAAAUCCUUGUUAAAAUCUGAGUUUGACCUAGCUAAUGGGAAAUUAGAGAAAAUGGACAAGCAUUGCAAGGAACUUGAACUUGACCAGAAGAGAAUGAAAGAACAGAUUUUGGAAGCUGAACAGAAGUAUACUUUGCAGCUUGAAUCACUCCAAGAAGCAUUGAGAUCAUCAUAUAUGAAGCACAAGGAGCUAGUUGAUGUAAAGAAAGCAUUUGAUGCAUUGUCUGCUGAGGUGGAGAGCUCGAGAAAGAAGAUAGAGGAGCUUGAAGCAGAGUUGGUGUUGUCAGCAGGUGAGAUGCAUAAAUUUGAAAAACUUAGCGACGAGAGAAGUUCACAUGCAGAAUUAGAAUCGAAGAGAGCCUUAGAGUUUGAGAAGAUGCUGGAAUUGGCAAAAGUGAACACAAAGGAGAUGGAAGACCAGAUGGGUAAUUUGCAAGAGGAGCUGAAGGGACUGUACAAUAAGAUUGCAGAGAGUCAGCAAGUUGAAGAAGCGCUAAGAAGUACUGCACUGGAUCUUUCAGUGGUUCAGGAAAAUCUGGAGCUUUCAAAAUCACAAGCAACAGAUUUGGAGCAGAAGCUUGUUUCUAGGGAUGCUAUUAUUCAUGAACUGAAAGAAGAACUAGAACUCCGUAAGGCUUCUGAACAACAGAUGAGAGAAAAUGUGCUUGAAUUAGAAAGUCUGCUUUCUGCUGCCAAAAAAGAUCUCCAAGCAAAGCUUGUGGACUUGGAGAAAGAAGAGUUUAAUCUUCAAGAGCAGAUGAAGGAAAGGCAAAUGAUCGAAUCUCUCUUUGAAAACCAAAAGAUGCAGAUAUUAGCUUUGCAGGAGGAAUUGGCUAACUUGACAGGAGAAAGGGAAACUCUUCAAAGUGCUGUGGCUGAACUUAACUCAAAAUUGUCAAUGGAGGAGGAAACUGGCAGAUCUUUAGAGGCCAAGCUGAAUCUCGCUGAACAGAAUUUUGCUAGAACGGACUUGCUUCUCUCACAAGCAUUGUCAUAUAAAGAGGAGCUUGAACAAAAGCUGAAAUCUCUCGAAGGGUUCCACCAAGAGUCUAGAAUAGCUGCUGAGACUGCAACCAAGAGAAGCCUUGAGCUUGAAGAUUUAAUACAGGCAUCAAAUGCAGCAGAAGAGGGCCUGAAAGCACUACUGAGGGAGACUGAAAUGAGAUUAUCAUCUACCGAGGAACAGAACAUGGAGCUUGAGCAACAACUAAACCUUGCAGAAGUGAAGCACAUUGAUGCAGAAAGAGAAAUUAAAGAACUCAGUGAGAAAAUGACAGAGCUCACCACCUUGCUAAAAAAAGCUGAAGAGGAAAGUGCACUAUCAAAAUGCCAUUUCCAGACAUAUGAAGAUAGGAUCAUCCAGUUGGAAUCAUCUUUGAGCAAUUCUUCUUCUAGAAACUCACAGCUUGAACAGGAGCUAAAGGAUCUUGCUGAAAAAUGUGCAGAACAUGAGGGUAGGGCUACUGCUACACAUCAACGCAGUCUUGAACUGGAAGCGUUGGUUGAUGUAUCCCAUUCCAAAGCAGAGGAUGCUGGAAAGAAAGCGGGUGAAUUGGAGCUAUUGUUGGAAGCUGCUAACUACCGAACACAGGAACUAGAACAACUGCUGAGUGGCACAGAGGCAAAAUUUAGGGAUGUUGAAGCAGAAUCAAAGCAGUACGGAGGCAAGAUUUCUGAGAUUUCUGCAGAACUAGAAGCAUUCCAGACCAAAUCGGCAAGUCUUGAAACUGUGCUGCAAGCUGCAAAUGAAAAGGAGAGGGAGCUGACAGAUAUGUUGAACAUAGUUACUGCAGAAAGGAAGAAUCUUGAAGACUCAGCAAAUGUUUCUGGUCAAAAGCUCUUGGAAGCUGAAAAUUUGAUUGUGGUCUUGCAAAGCGAGUUAAAAUCUGUAGAAGAGAAACUUAAAAGUGUUGAGAAAGAACUUGAGGCUUCAGGAGUUAGAGAGAACGAGAUACUGGAGAAGUUUAGAUCUGCUGAAGAAAAGUUAGAGCAACAAAAUAAAGCAGUAGAGCAAGCUAUUGCAAGAAACUUGGAGUUAGAAUCAUUAAAUGAGUCUUUGGUCAAAGAUUCAGAAUUAAAACUCCAAGAAGCAGCCAUUAGCUUUGCUCAAAAGGAAACAGAAGCUCAGCAGUUGAAUGAAAAGUUAAAGUCUCUUGAAGAGCAGUCGGCAUUUUAUCAAGAUAAGGCAGCUGAGGCGACUGAAAAGGUGACAUCACUGAAAGCAGAGUUGGAGACAAAUGCCACAAAAUUUGUUUCCCUUCAGAGUACUGUUGAGGAACUCAGGCAGAAGGUCUCAGAAGCAGAUCUGAAACUUGAACAGUCAAUUUCUGAGAAUGCAUUGUUAGCUGGGACAAACUCUAAUCUCAGGGAGGAGCUGGAAGCUCAUCAGUGCAAGGUUAAUGAACUUCAUGAGUUGUUGAAUUCGAUACAUGUGGAGAAGGAGGCAACUGCUGAACAACUGGCUUCUCAUGUGAAGACCAUAACACAAUUAACUGAUGAACAUUCAAGAGGCUUGGAACUCCAGUCUGCAACUGAAUCUCGUGUUAAAGAAACCGAAGUCCAACUGCAUGAAGCUAUUGAGAAGUUUACACAGAGAGAUUCUGAAGCCAGAAAGUUGAAUGAAAAACUGCUUGCACUUGAAGUUCAGCUUCAAACUUUUGAAGAGCAGGCCAAAGAUAUGGCUAUUGUUGCAGAAAAUCGGAAGGUUGAGCUGGAGGAGACUCUGCUGAAAUUACGGAAUGUGGAAGGACUUGUUGAGGAAGUGCAAAGAAAGGCUGAUCAUUUCAGAUCUGAGAAAGAAGGUUUAGAAAGUACAAAUCUGAGUCUGUCUGAGAAGCUGACAGCAUAUGAGACAAAAAUAAACGAGUUACAAACAGCAUCAAAAGUAACCAUUGGAGAGAAAGAAGAGAUGUCUUUACAGCUUCAUUCUUCAAGGAAAACAAUAGAGGAUCUGAUGCAACAAUUUGAUUCUGAGAAAGAGAAGCUCCAAUCCCAGAUGACCUCUGUUAUGGAAGAAAAUAACAUGCUCAAUGAAAUGUAUCAAAAUGCUAAGAAAGAACUUGAAGCAAUUAUAGUCCAACUGGAAGAACAAGUGAAUGCACAGAAAGCAAGGGAACUCUCUCUCAAUGCUGAUGUUGAAAAUCUCAAGGCAGAAUUAGCUGAGAAAUCUGUGAUUCAAUCAAAGAUUUCACAACUUGAGCAACAGCUGUUGCUGGCUGAGACCAAAUACAUGGAAAAGAUUGAAGGCGCGCAGUUGGCAGCUGCUGAGAAGGAAGCAGUGCUAACUUCUAAAUCGAAGGAGCAUGAAAGCACACUCCUUGAGAGAGAUGCCUUAUAUGAGCAGCUGAAUGAAAUCCAGAAGGAGCUAGAUCUUGCUCGCAAAACCAUAACGGAGCAGCAGAAAGAACUGGAUUCAAUGAAGGAGCUGGAAAGAGAAGCUUUGAUGAAGAAAAUGCUUGAUGAGAUGGAGGCUAAGCAUCAGCAUGCCACAUCACUAGAGAAACAAGUUGAAGAGCUUAAGCAAAACCUGCAAAUAGCUGAAACACAGUACAAGGAAAAGGUUAUAGAAGAAGGCAAGAAACUUGCCAUAGUCUGUGCAGAGCUUGAUGAUUUGAAGCAUAAACUGAGUCAGACAGUUGAUAUGGAAAAGAAGAUUGCUGAACUUGAGAACGAGUUGGCAAAUGCUAAAUCUAGGGAAGAGGUUAAGGAUGGAAUCCUAGAAGCUAAAUCGGAGGAUAAAGUAGAGGUGAGAUCCAGAGAUCUUGGAUUGAAUACUUCAACACCAUCAAAAAGGAAGAGCAAGAAAAGAAGCGAAGAGUUGUAUCAGACCGCACAGACAACUUCUGCGGUGUCAACCAUGAAUGCUUCUACGGAGCCUUCAGGGUUAAUGGCUUUUAAAUUCAUCUUAGGAGUAGCUCUGGUGUCCAUAAUCACAGGCAUUAUUCUCGGGAAGAGGUUUUAGCAUGGUUGGCGAAUACCUUGCCUUUGUCAUUUAUGUAAAGCUAGUGUUGUUUUUGUCCUAGUAAGUACAGAAGGUGGAGAAGCUAUAACUGCAAUCUUGCUGUUGAUGUUUGCGAUGGGAAUUUAAUUUUCAGAAUCAUUCCUAGGGAGCUUUGAUAGUUUUAAUGAAAGUCGAGUAUUUGAGGUUGGGGAGCUCUGCUGGCUUCCAUGAGAUCCUAAAAUUUUAUCUUGGGCUGGGAAAUUGUUUUUAUUUCAUUCCUACCCAAUUGCAUGCAGUAUGGGGACUGCAUGCAACUGGCUUUGCUGUAUUUGAGUUUGUAUUGCUGUUUCCUUCUAAAUCCGAGCAGCUGUGCUUGAGAAAUGAUUUCAAGCUAUUGUUGAUAUUUUGCUGAAAAAGAGUACAUACAGUAGUAAUUUUGUGUGUA